GUUUAAUUUUCUUCGCAAUCUCGCUUUCCCGUUGUUUUGGUCGUAAAACGCGUAAAGGCUAUCGCUGCAUCGCUGAGCUAGCUCAGGUUCCGUCGUUUUCUUCGCCAGCUCGGUUCGGUCUUGUAUUUUGUGCCGUUUCGUGACGCGGUUGUCUUGUGCGGUGUCGGUUUAGUAGUGCAUUUUUGGAUACCUAUACCUACUUUGCACCGGGAUAGCGGUCCGUGUUUGUGUCGUGUGUCAUAAACGGCAGAAUCAGAGCGAAAAAAGUGUUUCUGUCAUAGAUACCAAGAGAAACGUUUUUUCUGAAUGCGUAUAUGCACUUUUUGUGUUUUUCGUUCGCUGGAAACGUAAUUUCCGUGGCAAUUUUUCAGGAUUUGUGAUAUUGCGUUAGUAAAGUGAAAUCUGACGAAGUGAUUUUUCGUGUUGAAUUCUUGAACUGCAUUUCUGUGUUUUGGUUACCAGGUAUUAACCAAAAGGUGUGAACUAAAGGUUUUAAAUAAUUCGCUUUCCGGAAAAAAACGGUGAUUCAUGUGGUUGCAGGAAGGCAUCUAGUGCCCAAAUUAAAAUCGACGAAAAGUUGCUGUAUGAAGUUGCCUGAUGUCAUUGCUUAAAAAAGAAUUCUAGACUACCACUGUGGAAUUCGACGUUCAAAUCCAAUCAACGCAAUUCCUGCCCAUUUCAUUGAUUUUUGUGCGGUGUUGUCGGUGACCUCGAAUUACGGUACGACAGUAGGAAAUAGUUGUACUGGAACGUAACACCCAAAAAGGAUUCCUUGUCCAGCUUUCGUCAGUCAAUAUGUAUCCUCUAGUACGGGCACAACAAUAGAAGAAAAUCAUAUUUGAGGCCAAUACCAAAUUGGUAGUGAAAUCAAGCAAAUAGUAUACCCGUAGCAAUAUUUGUGCACUAGACGAGAUAAUUGAAAAGAGAAAAGCCUGCAUAAAGUACAAUCCUGAAUUAUUGUUCUUGCUGCCGUCUCCGCUGAGAUUAGAGUCAUCCAAAGCAAACUGGCCACGGGCCGCCAGCCCGGUUAUUAAUGUGAGAAAAUGUCACCGGCAAGACUGUCGCUGAGGGAGGAAGACAUUGUUCGGUUAUCAUUGGAAUUUCUGAACAAUCGCGAGCUGCACAUCUCCCAGCUAUCGCUGGAACGCGAAACUGGAGUCAUAAAUGGACAAUACUCCGACGAUGUGCUCUUUCUGCGGCAGCUCAUUCUCGACGGCCAAUGGGAUGAUGUGGUGGAAUUUAUUCAGCCGCUUGAGGCGCUGCAGAACUUUGAUAUGAAGCAAUUCAAGUACACCAUCCUCCGGCACAAAUACAUUGAGCUACUAUGCAUAAAAUCAGAAGCGGGAGGACUGACAGGACCGCCUCUGAUCAACAAUGUGGAAGGAGCGGUCGAGGAGGUGGUGCAGGUACUCGGAGAGCUGGAAAAACUCUGCCCCAUUAAAGAAGAAUACUCAGCCCUGUGUCUACUGCUGACACUGCCCAAGCUCGGCGACCACAUGCAGUACCGCGACUGGAACCCGAGUAAGGCACGGGUUCAGUGUUUCAAAGAAAUUUUCCCACUGGUGGAAAAGUUUCUACCGGGCGACAAAAAAGCCGGCACGGCGCAGUCAGUUUUCGCAAAAAAUGAUCGCCUGGUGCAGCUAGUAAUUAAGGGUAUUUUAUAUGAAUCGUGCGUCAACUAUUGCCAGGUGAAGGCAACGGGUACGGCGGACGCCGCUUUGCAGAAAAUCAACUUCUCGCGGGUGCUGGAUGGAUCGAUAGGUUUCACCGACUCCGACCUGUCGUUACUCAGCUGGCUGCAGAGCAUCCCUGCCGAAACGUUCUCGGUUCCGUUCGAGCAGAAGACUCUGAACGUAGAUGUGGAAAGACUGGAAAAACCUUCGCUAGAGACCUCAUGGACUGAACAUAUGCUCAUCACCCCAAUCAAACCGAAGACGUUCCCUCAUUCUGUGAUGCCAUUCACGCGACCCCGCAGUGCAGCCGACAUUAUGACGCGUUCGUUACUGCCUUCCCUGGAUGCCGUGUCGACCUGCAUCAAUCCUAAAGCAUCCAACGAGUCAUUUCCCAUGUCCCGUUCAAGUUUUGCUAGUUUCCACUUGACCGGGAUAAAACCGACAAGCGGUAAGCUGAUGACCUCGAGUGUAGACCGGCUGUUUGAGAACGGCGACGGUAGUGAUGUCUACCGCAGCAGUACCUUCAGUGAAUAUCAGCAGGGACUACCAUCAAUAGAAGAAAUCGCUUCUGUGCAAUCCAAAUCGCCCGAACUGCAGGCCGUUGCUGGUGCGGUGGUUAAAACCAGUGACAUUCAUCAGAACAGUGCCGAACGGGACAGUCCCAACACGACCAACUCGACAGCGAAAAGUUCGCGUAGGGAUUCGCUGACCGAUAAGAUCGCUACCGCCAAUCAACCAGUGCCAACAGGGCUACCACAUCACAGUCAACCUCCGCCACCCUUACCAUUGGCAGGACCACCGCAGCUAUCUCCCUUAUCCGGGAUCAAUUUCGGAGGCACGGCAAACAGCAACAAUCACCAUCAAGGACCACCAGUGCAUCCUCAGGUAGCACCACCACCACCUCCAACAGCAGUGAUAUAUGACCAACCCAGAAACAACGAAAGCCUUGCAAACGGUGGAGGUGGAGAGCUAUACGAAAAGUUCAAGCAACAAAAACAAAACAAGGAAAGUGAUUAUAUCAUGAACGGAAACCCGACGAUCAUACCUCCCGCGCAGCCAUCAAAUCACAGCCAGCAGAACGGUAGCGGAACGGCCGAAAGUAACGGACCAUCGCGGCCAAUACACUUGCAAGACGACAGCAGCGGAAAGGAGUACGAGCCGACGGACCAGAACCGACCGAAGUUCGUUGCUGUUACGUCACUAGAGGAUGUGCAGGCAGUACGAUGUGCCGAAUUUCACCCGAAUGGACGAAUUUAUGCCGUCGGCUCGAACUCGAAAACCUUCCGAAUCUGCGAAUAUCCGUCACUAUCAGAAAUCAGCAAGAGAUGUGAAAGUGGUGCUAGUUGGGAAGAUCACACCACCUACCAGCCUACGGUUCUGUUCAAGCGAACGAAACACCACAAAGGAUCGAUCUACUGCAUGGCGUGGUCUCCGAUGGGUGAUCUGAUAGCGACCGGCUCGAACGACAAAACUGUCAAGCUAAUGCGCUUCAACGAAACGCAGAAGCAGCUCGAAGGCCAGGAAAUCGAACUGACGAUGCACGACGGGACGGUGCGUGAUUUGUGCUUCCUGGAGGACAGUUCCAACAAGUCAAGCUUGCUGAUCAGUGGAGGUGCUGGCGACUGUAAGAUUUAUGUUACCGACUGCGAAACAUCGACCCCGUUCCAGGCACUGAGCGGUCACGGUGGCCAUGUGCUAUCGCUGUACAACUGGGGUAGUGUGAUGUUUGUUUCCGGAUCCCAGGACAAAACCGUUCGUUUCUGGGAUCUGCGAACGCGAGGUUGCGUCAAUAUGGUUACCCCUGCUACAUCACCAGGCUCCCGGCAAGGAUCUCCCGUGGCAGCGGUCUGCGUCGAUCCAUCCGGUCGUUUACUGGUGUCGGGUCACGAGGACAGUUCGUGUGUAUUGUAUGAUAUUCGAGGAAACCGACCAAUACAAUGUUUCAAACCUCAUGCAUCGGAUGUUAGAUCGAUCCGUUUCUCUCCAUCGGCAUAUUACCUGCUUACGGCCGGCUACGACAACAAAAUGGUGCUGACUGAUUUGCAGGGUGACCUAACCAUGCCACUGCCCUCGGUGGUGGUCGCUCAGCACUCGGAUAAAGUGAUAUCGGGCCGCUGGCAUCCGGUAGAUUUCUCAUUCCUCUCGACGUCGGCUGACAAGACGGCAACACUGUGGGCUUUGCCACCAAUCUAAGGCAAUAUCGGCGAUAUACGGGAAAAUCAAGCUGCUUUUUUCUGCUAAUGGUUACUUCUUGGCACGUAUGCUACCGAUGUGAAUGUUUUCUUGCCUUUGGGUUCGCUAGGUGGCACUCUGUGCAUAAUAACAUAUGUAGAGGCAGGAAAAAAAACAAAACAAAAAAGAUUGUAAAUUGUUGAUCGUUGAUCGAUUUGCAUAUGUGUGUAUAAUAUAAUGAUAUUAUAAACAUUGGACAUACAACAAGUACUACUUAAUAUUUAAGCAGCAUAAAUUAUACAAGCAAAAAAGGCAAAAUCUCUUAAAACCGAUAUUUGAAUAGAGCGUUCUCGAACAGAUGCGGAUAUGGAAAUCAUUAACAUAGAGUGGUAAAUUUCACAAUUAAAAAGCUUCGUUUUCAUAGAUCCCAUCUGCUGUAUUGAAGUGUCACACUUACAAAGUAGCUGUUAGCUCAAACGAGGCAAUGAUUGCGGCUACCCCACGUAUAGCAGUUAGUCUUUUGUUAGCUUUUAAUAUUUUUGGCGGGUGUGCAUCUUGUGGUUGUUUCAGUGAUAUGCGGAAUUAAGGUUUAAACUUUGGUCGAUUUUGGUCAGAAUCUAACAAAAUAUUUCACAUGUAUUUGCUGUGAUUUUAAUUUCAGAGAAAAUGUUUGAGAGCAUAACCGAUAUGGCUACAGCUAUUUAAAUAUGAUUGUAAUGAACUUUCUAAUAAGCUAGGUAAAUGCAUAUUUCUGGUACUACAAUCUUGUUUUUCGAGUUUCGAGCUUCCGUUGGAAUAGAGUAUUUUUAGCAUACAUGACAACUACAGGGCUAGUGCAACUAUUACUGUUCUAGGUAUGAAAGUUAAUGAGAGAAGCAUCUUACCUUGGUGUUAAUAGACCAGAGCUAAACAUGAAGUUAGGAGAUUUGUGAUCCUUUAACCAAAAUUUAAUGCUACAGGAAUACCUACCUGUGAGAAAAGAUUCCUUGUAGUCCAUUUUUUAAUCCCAUCGGUGAUUGCAUGUAGCCUUUAAUUCGCUUUUUGUUAUAAAUGGAGUUUUUAUUUAUUCAUUAGUAAUUGGUUUUAUAUUCUGGCCCUUAAUGACCAGGUGAGAGGUCUAUUAGAAGAGAUUUGUCGCAUUUUCACAAUACACAUUCAAUACAAUCAUACCAAAUCACUAGUGAUGUGUUGGUGCAAAUGAAAUCGGUUCAUCGAGGAUUUCCGGCGCAAGCUUUGUAAAGAUUUGAUUUUUCAUUGUAAUUGUUUUACUACAGGCGGUUGACUUUAAAUAUCAUUUCAUUUUAAAAGUCGCCACGACUGAUUGUUUGUUCAAUCGAAUUCAACGGAGGACUAAUUGUUAAUAGUGUGACCACAUCAGGCGAGUAAAAUCCCAGGACAGUCGAAUGGGUAGUGCCUCCAUUCGUUACUUCUCAAUCGACAGGUUUUCGGCAGUUAAAAGAGUCUGGUAUGCAGAGCUUCAGCAGUAAAAAUGUUUUGGGGGUUUGUAGGAAGAGCUAUGCCAGUAAGUCUUUCGUGGAAAUUCGAUCACCGAGCACUUUUUCGGAUCUGCGCAAGUUUCAUGCUAUUGUCGGAGAAAUCGGCAAUCCUAAAUUGAGCGGAUGAGAUGAAUUUUUUUGAGAUCAUCUGUGCAGGAUCGGUGAGAAAUUUUCAGCACUAAACACACGUCAUUGAUAUAAAGUAAUAACAUCAACGGUCUCAUGUAGCUUCCCUGUGCUAUACCUGGCAAUCUCCAAUGACAACCAUUUUCUCUCGAAGCAACCUACAGUUAAUUCCACAUUUCUCUAUUUUAUCGAUUGUUAUUUGAAGUUUGAGCGCGACAUUUUAUACUCCCUGUGAUGUAUGCUAGGAUGCUAUUCUCGGCAGAUUAGUUGCCGUUCAGCGUCCAGGCGUGAAACCAGGUUAAUCGUGGAUUAUGUACUAUUUCUUAAUUCGUUUAUUUGAUACUACUCAUGGUGUUCGCUUACCCGAGCCGUGGAUCUUUUAAUAUUUACAAUGUUAAAUAAACAUAAAUAAAUCGAAUUUAAUUGAGUAUCCAUCUUGUGAACGCGAUUUGUAACUUCUCGUAAAGCUCUUCUUUUUGGUUGGAGUUUCGUUAGCCGCAUCGCCUGCUGUUGCUUGAAGAUCACUUUGUCCGCUUUCUCUCGGUUUAUCGAUUUCGUCCAUACUGUCCUUGCUAUUGAUGUUCCGUGGAUUUUCACGAUUACCUGGUUUGAGUUGUUUGUGAUACCAGCGGGUCACGAUCGUGUAUUACUAGUUUUUGUCAUUUACUUUAUUGUCGGUGGUGUUGGCAGAGGAUUAGGAAUCACAACGAUCACCCUGUGUGUAGUUUCUGUUGUUCCAGCAUUCGUUGGCGCCUGAGUUGCAUCUCCGGUUGCUCGUGCUUUAGUUGAUGUUGAUGAGGACUGUGUGUUGGAUUUACUUAGAGUUGAAGCUGUUUCAUUAAAGGUUUUUGUAUAAGGUUUCCCAUUGUGUGUCUUCUUGUUACACAACUGGCACGUAUGGGUCUGUCCAUCAUAUAUGCACAGCGUGAUUUGAGAUUCGGUUACGCCUUCUAUUUCGUAUUGAAAGUACAGCUAUGAAGGAACAUGUUCUAUCACUCGCAUUCUUACGACACGAACACCGUUGGAAAUGUCUGAAAAAAUUCUCCCUGUUGCAAACUUAACGGAUUCCACCGUUACGUAUUUCGACAUGAUGGUUGUAAUUAAUUGAUUGGUAGUAUGCGGUGACAGAUCGUGCAGACGCACAUGAAUCUUAUCAUCGUCAAUAUGAACCGAUAUCUUCAUUCUAACAUUGUCCUGCUCAACGACGUGUUGCAUGUUUGUUUUCCAUAGCAAAACUUUUCGCCAUGGCCAAAGUUUUAAAUGUUAUCAGUACAGCGUUACGAGUGUGGUGCAAAUUGGAUGGCGAUGACUUCCGUAAGUUUGAGCUGCAUUUUUACCUUUUUUUAAUCUCGCGAACACUAGGGCAGAUUGGACAGUGUUUAAAACAGACGGCCACUGUAUUGUACUAAAAAAUCGUUCAAAUUUUGCUGCGAGUUUCAAACAUAUUGAAAUAAACGAGCGGGUCUCAACAUUUUUCAUAUUACGAACCCCUUCGAUAUCGCCGUCGGUUGCUGCGGACCCCCACGGCUUAACAUCGAUUUUUAUAUCUAUUUUGGUUAUAUUCGACACGAAUUAAUGCGUUAGCGUAACUUAAUCGUGGAGCUUUCAUGUGUCAACCCAUUUGUCUUCUCUCGUGGUGUCGUUCACGUCCGUAUCUUGAUCGAUACAGCUUUCAUGAAGUAGGAAGUUCUUAUAUGUUUAUUGUUCUUGCAAGUCGCUGUUGUAAAUCUGUGUUUUUCCCUCCGGAAGUCGCGCAAAUGUUCCACUGAACGAGCAGCCGCUGGUGUCCUAAGACGAUUUCGCUAGACCUUGGUAUAGGAAGUUAGUUUCGAUAUACAAAGAGCAUCAGUCAUCAAUUGGCCAUUUUUUGUUAUCUGUUGAUGUUGAAAACUGGAUUUUUGCUAGCGACUUCGAAGCAUUAUUUUCCGUCUGGGUACAAAACUGGCACGUGAGAAUCUGACCAGGGUAGGUAUACAGCGUUAUUUGCCACUUGCACGAACGUCGUUUAGAAUACCGUUGAAAAAAUUUCCUCGAGUAUUCCUUGAGAUUAAGAUUCGUUUUCACUUUUAGUAAUAGAUCAACAGUAAAUGACUAUAGGUAAAAGAGGGUUUUGUUUAGUCAAUCGAAUUUCUAUUUUCCCGCUUUCUGCGCAGCCAGUGGUGACGAUAUAACCAGUGCUACGAAAUUUCAAAAUCAGUUACCUAUUUCUGCUUGCAUUUACCGAAACCGACAUUCAGAUUCAAUGCCUCCCUCAUUCAUUCACUUUCCAACUGACUGAAAUUUCAUGCAGAAUCGAAUGCUUGAGUGCAGAGGAAAUAUAAAUUCAUUCACCAACUAAUGCAUUCAUUUGUUAUUAUGUCGACAGUUAAAAGGCAGAAGUUAGCAUCUUCUACAUUUUCGAGCAUACGUGAACUGCGUAAUCUAUAUCUGGUGCUCUUUUGAUCUAUAAUCCCGCUCAGAGCGAGCAUAGAAACAAAAUUCACAUUGCUUCUGAAACCGAACAUGUCUGUACCUGAAUGCGCUGCGUCGGGAGAACGAAUGACGAGGGAAAUGAACCGAAAAUUUCAUUCAUCACAGCGGGUAUGAAUUGAAUUUCGUUUUCUUUCAAGUUCACACAGGGAUGUUAAUUUUUUUAAGCUCUGGACGUAACUGUUUCUGAAGAUCGAUUUUGUUUGCUAUCAACGCAUUAUUUUUUAUUUGUUGCGAAAAAGCUUUGAAUUUUAAUAUCCAUCUGAUAAAGAUAUCCAUCUUCGCGGACCCCCAGAAACCCCCGCGGACCCCAGGUUGAGAAUCACUGAAAUAAACGAUCGAUACUGUACCGGUGAAAGUAUAGGAUAUUACAAAAUGACGUCAUCUGAGUAAAAAUGCUUAAAAAAUGACAGUUCAGCGAGCUUGUUUACAUGGUGUUAGAAUUUAAAAGCAAUCCGAACCAAAUUCCUUGUACUAACUGGAAUCAAAAACUUUCUAGGUCCAAGUAAACAAGUUCUCUAAAUCAUUAGAAAAGUGAGGUUAAACAUUGUCAUGCAAUGUUCUACGCGGUACAUGUAGACAGCAGACUGUAAGUAGCAGGUGUACGUUCGUUCGAUUCACUGCACUGUUAACAAGCAGAGCGAUUUUGCUACCGAUCCGAUCAAGAUCAAUAAGUAUACUGAUUAUUUCAUUUCAUUUCAUUAGAUACUGAUAUUGACGUGGAAAUGGUUUCAUAAUCACCAGCUGAAGAGAGCGCUCAAUGAAGUUAUUCCACGAUAGUUAUUGAUAUUUCGCCAUUUUCCUUUUAUGGAAUGGAUUUCCAGUAAGACGAAAAAUGCCACAAGCAAGAAAACUCGAGAAAAAGCAGAGUCACCAAAACGGUGAUGUAUCUUCUCGGAGGUACCAAAGGGAAUUUUUCGGGUCCCGGAUUGAAAGACUAUUUAAUCCGAGAAGAUGCUCUGGUAAUCGUUGUUCCAUCGACAUUGAUAGCGGCCAUAAUUUGGUCCAGAGCUACAACCGGUUCGAUUUGUUCGGUUGCCAAAUUUUCUUGAAAAGGGACUACGGUUUAUUCAUAUGCUACGUGCAUAUGAACGUCUCUUUCUCUUCUCAAUUUCCAUUCAAGAAAAGCAAGUUUAAAAGAGAAAUAACGAGAGAUCGUUCAGAGAUUAAAAAUGACAUCGAAUGGUAAAUUGGAAGAUUCGAGUGUAUUAAGUUUUGUUUGUCGUACUUGGAUUGAGGGUGACUAUGCGUUGCAGUUGUGGUUGCAAUCGGUUGCAACUGUGAUCUGGGGCAGAGUGAAUAAAGCGAAGACUCAAGAAAUUGAAAUAUAUAAGGCUUAUAGGAGAAAAACCAGGACAAAUCAAGCGUUUUUUUCGAUUUCCCAGAACAUCAGAACAGUCAGUGAAACACCAGGACCUGUCCUGGGAAAUCUGGACGUAGGAUCACCCUAAUUGUAAAACAAGAUAUAUGAUUUGAUAGUUCUGAAAAUAAAGUUUCGAAAGUUUUGCAAAUUCUUCAAGCUAAUAAACUUUGCAUGAUUGCGUUCACAGCAAAUCCUUUUAAACAGCAUGUGAAAUUAUUUAUCAGUCGCAUGUGAUCUAUAUAAAUACGCCCUCCGCUAUGUCGGAUCAUUAGUAGUAUAUGAACGCCAUAACACAUAUCGCGGAGCUGCCCGCUCUCAAACUCGUUUGACGGUAACAAUAGCAAUGAUUAAGUUAUUAUCAAUGACAGAUUUUGCGGUUAUGAAAAUUACCACUAAAAUUGGAUUAUUAGAUUAGCUAAACGCAGCUCUCUCAAACAACUCAUAAGGUUAGUUAUGUUAUUACGUUUCGAUUUCCAAACAACUUUGUCAUAUCACCAACCACACGCUGCACAUUCGACAGAUCAACGAAACUCCUCAUAAGUCGAUACAAAUUAACUAAAAAACCGAUGUUCGAUGAAUGCACAACAACAGCUCUAUCUGUCAUAGUGGAACCCGAUCUUUAUCCCUCAUACGUCACCUCAUCCCACUAAACUGCAGUCAACAACAGCCCGAUACUUCGAGAAAAAUCCAUAACAAAUAUCAAUUACAAUUACCUGUAGACAGUGUAUUGCAGCCAGCGUUCAUGGUAUCCAUUUCGGUCAACGCCUGUGCAUCAGCGCCUUCCCUACGAAAACAAUAUCACUCUCAUCCUCCUUUCCCCCCAACACAUUUGAUCUUCCACGAAAAAUGCAGGUAUCCGGACAACAAUGUAACCUGUUUUGUUCCGUUUCGCAUUUAUGAUGCUACCAUAAUAGUGUUUGGUUUCAGGAAAAUACAGGAACUGGCAGAAGGCAAACAGUACGAAAACGGUUUGAUUUACACACUGCAAAUUAAUUUAGGUUGUUGAUUUUGUUAAUACGUCAUGAUUAACGAUAAUUAUAACUAUAAGAAUAACUUAAAACAACUCACUAGUAAUAACUAACGUAAUGUGGCAAUUUUUGUAUCAUAUACUUUGUUUAAUCGAUUAUUCGGGGGCAGAGACUGCCUGCCAGUAUAGUAAUCAGCGAAACGCUACUACAACUGACAAGUUAUGAUUGUAAUAAAUAAAAACCCGUAAAAUAUUAACAAUGAGAAAAAACA